AUGGUCAAAGUUUUGCAAGAGUUUUCAACUGUCGACGACCACAAUCCCACGCAUCCAGCUCUCUCUGCAUCCUCCGCUGCCCUUGAUCUUGCCCUCUCUCCUUCGCCCGCUCCUGACGCGCCUUCUUCCAACGGUUGGGGCAAUAUUAACCGUCACCGCACCCAACAGAGCUUGUCUGCUAUCAACACGUCUUCGCUCAACGGAGCUGCUUCUUCUGGAGACAUCGGCAACCGUUCUUCUGUUCGUCACUCGCUCGACCUGAAGUUCUACCCAGACGCCCCCUCGGACAACAACCAGAACGCCAUCGUCUCCCCAACCGGAAACCACAUGAUGGCCACUCCUCCCAAGCUGCAGAGCUCCUUCUCUGCCAACGACGUGCCCACCGUCAAGACCACCAACGGCGGCUCGGUUACCAACAACCAUGCUCAGCAGCACUUCCACAACCACAAUGCUAGCAUUGGUCGCAUUCCUGCCGGCGCCGUUGCGGGCCGUCACAGCCGUGAGCUGUCCAGCGACAACAGCAUGGGCGGUCAACGCGAGCAGGCUGGACCUUACCCCUCCAUCCAGUCCGCUCUCCAGGCCAACGCCGCUCCCUUCGGUCCCGGCGCGCCUGGCCAGGGCUUCCCUCACACGUCCCAGGGCAAUCAGACUCCCAGUGGCACUGCUACCGCUGGCCCCAACAACGGCUACGGCGGCUUCUAUCCCAAUGGCUACGUCUCGCCCAACAGCAACGGCCCGCCUACCUCUGGCCCCUACGGUGUGCCUCUCCUGGCCAUGAGCAUGCAGAACAUGAAUCUCAAUGGCAACAACAUGUACCCUGCUCAGAACUACGCUGGCUAUGGCUCGCUCUACACUCCGCAGCAGCCCCAGCCUCGUGACAGCCAGGCCCGGGUCAUCCAGCACCGCCGCCAGAUGGACAAUGAAGCCAUGUCCCGCUACAACGGCCUUGCUCUUGAGAACGUUGGUGGCCAGAUCUACGAUCUCUGCAAGGACCAGCACGGCUGCCGCUAUCUGCAAAAGAAGCUCGAAGAGCGCAACCCGGAGCAGGUCCACAUGAUCUGGCUUGAGACCAACCAGCACGUCAUCGAGCUUAUGACGGACCCUUUUGGCAACUACCUCUGCCAGAAGCUUCUGGAGUUCUGCAACGACGACGAGCGUACCGUUCUCAUCCAGAACGCUGCCGUCGACAUGGUUCGCAUCGCCCUUAACCAGCACGGCACUCGCGCUCUCCAGAAGAUGAUUGAGUUCGUCACCACUCCCACCCAGAUCGAGAUGAUCAUCAACGCUCUUCGCUUCCAGGUCGUUGAGCUCAUCCAGGACCUCAAUGGCAACCACGUCAUUCAGAAGUGUCUCAACAAGCUCAGCGCCCAGGAUGCGCAGUUCAUUUUCGAUGCUGUUGGUACCAACUGCGUCGACGUUGGAACUCAUCGCCACGGCUGCUGCGUCCUCCAGCGCUGCAUUGACCACGCCUCUGGUGACCAGAAGGUCUGGCUGAUUGCCAAGAUCACGGAGCAUGCUCCGAUCCUUGUCCAGGACCCCUUCGGCAAUUACGUUGUCCAGUACAUCAUCGACCUCAACGAGCCUUCCUUCACGGAGCCCAUCGUCCGCAUGUUCCAGAACCGCAUCGGCCAGCUGUCUCGCCACAAGUUCAGCUCCAACGUCAUCGAGAAGUGUCUGCGCUGCUCCCAGGAGCCGUCCCGCGACAUGAUUGUUGAGGAGCUUCUGACCCCCGGCGAGAUUGAGCGACUCCUCCGCGACUCGUACGCCAACUAUGUCAUCCAGACCGCUCUCGAGUACGCGACCCCUCACAGCAAGUUCCGUCUGGUCGACGCCAUCCGCCCCAUCUUGCCGUCCAUCCGUUCGACCCCCUAUGGUCGACGCAUCCAGGCCAAGAUCCAGGCCUUUGAGGGCCGUGGUAGUGCCACUUCCAGCGGCCAGGUCACACCCGCGGACCCCAGCCAGGGCCAGAUUCCCCUGCGCUCCGGCCACAACCGCGCCAUGUCCAACAACACCUCCAUUGUUGCCCCUGGCGGAGCUUUCGGCAAUGGUCUGAAUGGCGGUCUCAACGGCGGAAUGGCUCCCCGCGGCAACCAAGCCAGCUACCCCGCGGCCAACAGCGUCACGGUGCCUCCUCCUGGUCCCCAGAGCCAGCGCAUGCCGCAUUUUGGCUUCAACGGCCAGCAGCGCAGCAACGGAGGUGCCCCUGCUGACGCGGGCGCGGGCGAGGCUCAAUGGCUGUAA